GUGUCCAUUUGCUUUCUAGAUAGUGUGGAUGAAUAAGUGUGGUGAAUCCUGGACUGGGGGGUAAAUUAUAGUACCAGAGAAACAGCCAGCAUCAAGGAAAAAUCUGUCCUUAAAAGUCCCAUCAAAGACCACAUUCCAGCAAAAGGUGACGAUGGUUUUAUUACCUGGCUCAGCAGCUAAAGGAGGAGGAGUAAUUUGGACCUGGAAGAGAAAACACUCAACCGGACUGGGAGGAGAAGUGAUCUCUCGUUAAACCGCGCAAACAAUACUGUACUGAAUGAGGAGCAGCAUGAGGCAGGUGUUUGCUGAGGAAAAGUUUGGAUGACCCGUGCAGUGCCAAAAAACUCUGCAGAAGAGGCGACUAACAUCCUGGGACCGGGAUCUGUGAGAUGGGAACCUGUGACGGAAGUCCUGGUGUUGGUUAUUUCACCUGCCUGUGCUGUUUCUGAUCAAUUUAUUAUAUAUAUAUAUACAUUUUUUAAAUUGCUGUUCAGAAAGGAUGAAAGGCUUUUUACUUUGCUGUGUUCUUCUCUCGGCGGUGUUGCAGCGGAGCAACAUGCACACUGGUGUACCUGCCACACUGUUAAAUUGCUGUGAAGGGGAUAUUCUCCUUCUGCUGGACUCUUCAGGAAGUGUGGCAAACUAUGAGUUCUCCCGCCUGUCGCUCUUCACCGCUGAGCUGCUUCGCCCCUUCUCACUGGGCCGUGGGCACGUAAGAGUCGGGCUGCUGCAGGUGGGCACAAACCCUACCCUGGAGUUCAGCCUGGACGUCCACAACGAUCAGGAAAGUCUGCAGAAAGCUAUGCGGAGUGUCAGCCAGCUGAAAGGAGACACGAAUACAGAGGCAGCACUCAGGGUGGCCCAGCAGCUUUUCACAGAGAUGGAGGGGAACGUGCCAAAGGUGCUGCUGUGGCUGACUGAUGGUGUGCAGCCUGGAGAUGUGGACAAGGGGAUGUAUGAGCUGAAGGCGCAGGGAGUUUCUGUGUUAGCUGUAUCUACAAUACAUGCCAACUACCAGGUGUUACGACGUGCAGUGACACCACCUCUGGAGUCUCACCUGUACUUUGUGGACAUAGAUAACAUCGAAAUCAUCACAGAGGACCUGAGGGAGGCCAUCAUUGAAAUUAUUCGUGCAGAACGGCUGCGUGUGGUUCAUUUAACGUCCCACAGUGCUGUGCUGCAGUGGCGCCCCAUUCUGAGUGCAGGCAAUGGUUACUAUGAUCUCCGGUACAACUCUGUGUGGAAUACGGACCCUGAGACCAGCCGCGUUCUCCCUGGCGACUCCAGUUGGGUGGAACUGACUAAUCUGCGGCCUGAUACCACCUACACAGCUUCCCUCCGCCCAGAGUCCAACCAGAGGCUGUUUAACACACUCUCUGCUAACUUCACCACACUUCCUGAUGUUUUAAGCCCAGCAGUGGUAUCUGUGUCAGAAGCUGGCCCUCAUCAAAUCCGUGUGAGCUGGGGUCCCCUGCAGCCAGCUCGAGUCCAGAGAUACACGGUGGAGUACGGAGCUAUUCCAAGCGGACACGUCCACACUGUGACGGUACACAGCCAGCAGAACUCUACCUUACUGACCGGGCUGGAGCCGGGCACUCAGUACCUGGUCACAGUCACUGCUCUGCGUGUGAAUGGAGAAGAAAGAGCCAUGUCUGUGAGGGCGUGCACUCAAGAAGCAGUUCUGCCUGCCCUGGCCGACCUUCAGCUGACCACGGUGGAGCGCCAGGAGGUGCAGGUAGCAUGGCAGGCCUCUCAGGAAGGUGUGAAAGGCUACUGGCUGAGCUGGGAGAGAGAAAGCUCCUCCUCGAAGCCCUCCAUCUCCUCCGUCUACCUGUCUCCUACCUCCCGUUCAACACGACUCACACACCUUGCACCAAGCAGUCGUGUGUGUGUGUCACCGGUCUACAGCUCUGGUCGAGGAGAGGGGAUAUGCUGCACAGCAGAGAUGCACACAGAUUCCAGCCAGUAGGGUUAACAACCAGAGUCUGCAUCAAUCAGGCAGUUGGAGCAAAAAAAGGGUGAAAUUGAGCAUUUUAAGUGCUGGAUGCACUAGAUAACUUGUUUAGGACUGAAUAUUAUUUUUAAGCUAAAAUGUUCAUCUUGAAAUGAAUCAGUGACAGACAAGGAUUUAUCACAUAACACCAGCCCUCUGUCUUCACAAUGGCUGAGAAAAUCUGGUAUAAUUAUUAUGUUUUUCUCCUGAAAAUGAAAAUAUCACCAACUUUGCAGGAAGGCUGUCACACAUUUGUUUAAACAUAUCAGUUAGCCAGGAACAUACACAGCUGCAGGUGGUGUGCAGCAUUCACAGUUUGAGGAACUAUUGUUAUUGGCAAUUAUUAUUUAUUAUGAUUUACAGUCUGUUUCAUCAUUACAUGUAUUUACUUGAAAUUAUAGUCUUCUCGUUGCAAGUAUACUCAAAUUUUUUAAAAUGUAAAGUGUCCCUCCCUCGAUUUCCCUUCCUGACUGCCCUGAUGUCAGAUCUAAUUACUGAUAUCAUCUGUCAAUAGUUCACUAGCUUCGCUCAGCUGAGCUAAAUGGAGUUUUGGUUACAAUGCCUGAAAUAAGAUAAGCUAAGCUAAGCAUGAGAAAAUGGCAGUUUAAGUCUUUGAGGUACCAUAACUACACAACACCUUUAUUAUGAAACAUAGAUUUAGAGUUAAAUUCAUGCAAGUAAAGUACAAGUGCCCUGAUUAACUGCAACCUUAGACGCUAGUGUACAGUAACCCGAUAAUCAGGCUGAAUUGUUUUUCCUUUUCAUUUCAAAAGAGAUGAUGUUGUGUGAGCAUCAAUUCAGUGGCCUGCAACUACAAUACUAUCUUUUCCACUCCAAAAUUAGCCUGAAGCUGAAGAAGCAUUGUAAAAUGAUGCUGCACUUAAGUGAUGCUUUCAAAUGCUUAGUUAUUAUUUUAAUGAGCGAUAAUGCUGCUGCUUGUACACCAUUUGUGGCCUCCCUGGAUUGUUUAUUAUAUCAGAUGUUUCAAAUGUAUUGAUUUUGAAGCUGAUCAUGAAUUAGUCUAAAUGUUUGUUGUUUUGUUUUGUCUUUUUCAGCAAUUUUUCUCUGAGUUCUCACUCAAUUAUUGGUAUUCAGUCAUUACAUCAGACACCGCUCUGACGGCACACAGUGAAUUCACAGACAGGUGUGUUUCUGCUUGGCUGUCAGUGAUGAAACACAGAAGACUAACGCAUUUAAUGUUAUCAACUCUUCAGACCAGUAAACUCCAUACUGGAUCAGUUUGUACAAUGCUUAAAAGUAUGCAGUUUUAUAGUGAAUAUGUACUGUGAAUAUAUAGAUUUUUAAAUGUACUUUUUUAUUUAUUUAUAUGCUAUGGAAUUUAUGGCCAGGUUUGUCUGAUAAAGUGUUUCCCUGGGCGAAUUAGAAGACAAGAGAAAUUAGAUUUAUAUAAAAUAUAUUUGCACAGUAUCCAUAAGCAUUUAAUUGGGUAAAAUAAUAAAUGCAGUUUUUAAAAUACCAUAAAAAA